AUGACUGUCCAAAGGUUGUCCAAGGCCGCCAGGAUCAUACUGGUCGGCGCGCCUGGCGUCGGGAAGGGAACUCAGACGGAGCGCAUGAUGAAAAAAUUCCCUGAGCUCUCGUCAAUCAGCUCUGGCGAUUUGCUGAGGAAGAAUGUUCGGGAGCGGACACCUCUCGGCAUACACGCCGAAUCCACGAUGAAGGCUGGCAAACUAGUACCCGACGCCAUGAUCCUGCGCCUCAUCGUCAACGAACUCACGAACCGCGGUUGGAUACGAGACAACGCUUUGCGGCCAUAUGCGCUCAACUUCAGCUCCAUGGACGUGCCAGAGACGACGGUAGAUGCAGUCAUGAUCCCCUCGGCGGUACGGGCUCCCCGCUACACCUUCUCCAACAGGCCGUCGGCUUCAUUCAUACUCGACGGUUUCCCCAGAACCGCCGUUCAAGCGAUCCAACUCGACAACAUCGUACCUAUCAACAUGGUUGUCAACCUCAACACCCCGAGUGACAUAAUCAUCGAUCGCAUAUGCAACCGCUGGGUGCACGAGGCAUCGGGACGUGUCUACAAUACGACAUUCAAUGCGCCAAAGGUGGAUGGCAAGGAUGAUAUCACGGGCGAGCCGCUGACACAAAGAGCGGAUGAUGACCCAGAGGUGUGGAAGGCGCGGCUGAAAAAUUUCAAGGAACAUAGUGAGCCUCUGCUGGAGCAUUACGACAAGCUUGGCGUGCUCUGGACGGUCAACGGGAACAGCAGCGACGAAAUUACCCCGCAGCUUUUUGAAGAGUUCAGCAAGCGCUUCGGCGCCCAUGACGAUUGA